GAACAUUUUAACCUUAUUUCACUUCUUUUCGUUUUCGAUCAUGGUGAUAUCCAUAAAGCCUAGCAAUCUUUGCUGUCAAUCCAGAUACUCGGGCUGAUAGCACCUGGACGAAACAGUGGAGAUGUUAUCCCCGCAGUCGCCUGCAUCCCAAGGAGGGGUAAUUCGCGCUGUCUGCAUCCCCAUCAACAACCAAACAAAACAAAGCUUCCAAAAUGCCAAACCCUAAGAAAGUUGCUAUAAUAGGCGCCGGUCCCGCUGGACUUGUAACAGCCAAAACCCUCCUUUGCAAUUAUCCAGAUGGAACAUUUGCUCCCACCAUUUUCGAAAAGCGCAAUGAGAUCGGCGGCUUAUGGCCCACCAGCCGCACGGCGUCUCAGGACCCAAAUCCCAUGCCAUUCGGUUCGAAAAAGAAUAGCAGCGAGACUGGGCCGGUUAAUCCGCUGAUGCGAACAAAUCUUAGCCGGUUCUCGGUAGGAUUCUCGGAUUUGGCUUGGGAGUCGGUUAUUGGGGGCUCUGAGUUACCUAUGUUUCCGCAGGCGUGGCAGGUGGGGAGGUAUCUCGAGGCAUAUGCUGAGCGGUAUAUUCCAAAGGGAGUGAUAAGAUUGGGGCAUAAAGUUGUUCAGACGGUUCGAGAUGUCAAUGCGACUGCAGAUGCACGGUGGACUGUGCAUUGGGUGAAGGAGAGCGUUGACGAGGGCAACCCCAUCAAGGAUCAAGACCAGAAAGUCGUUACAGAGCAUUUCGAUUUCCUCAUUGUUGCAUCCGGCUUCUUUUCAUGUCCGCAUAUUCCAGAUAUUCCUGGACUCUCCGGGUUCGAAGACAGAAUCGUCCAUAGUUCUAGCUUGCACAAGACUGGGACUCUCAAUCACCUGUUCCGAGGGUAUGACAACACCCGUGGGAAGGUGGUUGUUAUCGGAGGGAGCAUGUCCGGAGCAGAGGCUGCCUCCGCUCUUGCUCUUCAUCAUUCCUCUUUAAAGCUUGCCGGAUCAAAUCAAUCCUGGCAGGAGUACGAGGUGCAUCAUGUCUGCACAAGGCCUUUUCGGACCAUACCUACCUAUCUGCCGCAUGUCUCAGGCGACAUGUCCCAAGAAAAUGUAUCAUUUCAACCACUUGAUAUAGUUAUGUACGACUUGGCUCGACGACCACCUGGACCCAUUGAAUAUGCUUUCGGACCUGUCUCGUCGGAGCAAGUUACCCGGGUAAACAGCUACUUCCAAUCUCUACUGGGAAGUGACUAUGAGAAAGUCGGGAAAGUCGAAUCUAUCUCUAAUGAGAGUGAAUCAGAUGGACGGCCCCCAUGGGUUGCCAUUGGAAACGACCAUGCAGAAUUCGUUCGAUCGGGAGCGAUAUCAACCACCAUCGGCCGGGUCUGUGCAGUACACCAACAGAAAUCAGGUCUUGCACGGCUUCAUGUACGCCUUCCAAAUGGCCAAGAAACGGAAUUAGACAAUGUUGCAGCCAUCGUGAUGGCCACAGGCUUCAUGCCGUUUGGCUCACUCUUUUAUCUACCUAAGGAUGUACUUUCUGUGCUGGAAUACUCCGCAACUGACCCUUUCUUCCCUUUGAUACUGGAUGGAAAGGGUAGCAUGCAUACAGAGAUCCCCGAUCUGGGAUUUGUUGGCUUUUACAGAGCCCCUUAUUGGGGUGUUAUUGAGAUGCAGGCUCGGAAUCUUGCAGAGAGAUGGGCUAGAGAAGACAUUCAUCUCUCCCAGACAGAACUGGCUCAGAGGGCAGAAGAAAGACAGAAAAUGCGUCAUCUCCGAUCUGCUGAUCCAUACCUUCACCGUGGCCAAUUCCCCAUGGCUGACUAUACAGGGUUGGUAGAGUCGUUUGCCAGGGAUUUGGGAAUAAAUCACAUUCCACUUCGAGAUACUGAUGAACGACAUGGUCCAGUUGUACCGGCUCGGUACCCGUUCAACAAAUCGUCGAGUUUUACCAGUGGAGAAGCUGAGAUGGAUCUAACGCUGGGCUCUCUGCGGACUAUACUCUCUGACCCGGAUGCUAUCAGUGUAGCAGCGGCAAUGGCGAUCUUUAGAGCUCUGCAUGGUACAUGGAGAUUCGUUCAAACAACCAAAACACCGAAACACGAGAAAAAUAUUUCCGGUAAUGCGAAAUUUUCCCCACAGUAUCCAUCUGACCCAGCCUAUGAGAAAGAAUACAUCUACGAGGAGGUUGUCCAUGAACCUCAGGGCGUACAGGAGACCAGAUCCCGGUCGAUCGUCCGCUUUGCCGAUACUACCACCGGACCUGACCACUCACAUAUCUUGAUCUGGUCUGUGGGAGUGUGUGAAGAUACAAACCCCACCACUCGAUUUUCACAUGGGUUGAACCUCGCCCCUGCUCUUCGACACGUUGAAAACGGCGAGCCCGUGUUGGGGGAGUAUGUCAUCCAUGCUUCGUCACACCCAGGACACAGAUAUGAUUAUGAGUUUAACUUUAGGGGUGUAUCGAUCGUCUCGUGGCAAUGCACUAAGAAGACGAACGAAUCCGAUGAGGCUUGCUUUGUUCGAACAGUAUAUGAACGAUAGAUUGGUAUAGCCAAUAUUGGAGGAUGUGGGAAAGACAUGUUUCUUUGAUUUAAAUGAAAGGCCACAUCAAGAAACUUCUUUUCACGGUUAUACUAUGAGAACAUCCAAUUGACUAUUCAUCAUGCUUAUAUUGCAGCACAGGUAGGUUGUCGAUGUACUGUAAUAAAAACCAUACACAGCCUAAAUGGGACGGGGAACUUCAAAAUACACCAACUGUAAAUACUGAAUUCGAUAUACCUUCCACUCCGAUCUUCAACCCCA